UUUGCGCAUAAUACAACGUGACGUUGCGAAUAAAAGCUUGUGAUGCAAAGCAGUCAUUUAAAACAAUAAAGCCGUUUAUAAUGGAUUGUAAAAGAAAUGACAAAUAUAAUACAUACGAAGAACCUAUUGACGAGCAUGGAUAUACACAUCUUGCUCCCAUUUCAGACAAUUCUCGAAAAUAUGACGAUUUGAAACCUACUGUAUCGCAUCACUCAUAUUUUGAACCUCAAUUAGAUCCUGAAGCAUAUCAAACAUGUAGAGAUGCCAAGGUAAAAUCGAGAAUAUCUGUUAUUUCUGAUAACAAAUCUAAAUGUCGUAUACAUUUAUGGAUAGGGUUUACCACUGUAAUUAUAUUAGCGUGUGCAUUGACAGCUGGGCUGACGUACAUUUUAAUACAAUCUCGAAACAACACGAAUGUGCAUAUUUCUUUAAACGAAAGCAGAAAUAAGGAAAAUGAAAACAAAGGUUUCCAGAUAUCAGAAAUAAGGGCCGAAUGUCCAAAUGGCUGGAAGACAUUCGAUAAUUGGUGUUAUAAAGAAUUUUCCGAACGUCGAACAUGGUUUCAGGCACGUGACUAUUGUCGAAGUAUUGGAACCGAUCUAGUGAGUGUUCAUAAUGAAAGGGAAAGCAAUUUUCUAAGGAAAACGUUUAUACGGACUAAUAUUAUGUGGAUAGGACUCAGCAAUUUUCAAAACAAUGGUAGGUAUGUCUGGAGUGACAGAACGAUUUUAAAUUAUACUCAUUGGGGACCAUCAGAACCGAAUAACAUCAAUGAUAACGAAAACUGCGCUGAGACAAACUCUCGACCUUGGAAUGACAACAAUUGUUUUUUGUCGUUAAGCUUUAUAUGCAAAAUGCAAAUAAAUCCAAGAUGUGGGCCUGGUGAUUGGAUAUAUUAUAACAAUUCUUGUUAUUCAAUUGAUCGAUCACUGUCUAAUUUUACUGUUGCUCGUAACCUUUGUAAGAACAAUGGUGCUGAUUUAGUUAUCAUUCGUUCGAAAGAGGAAUACAAUUUUAUAGUAAGUCACACUUCUAAGCAAUCAGCCGGUGUUGAUUUUUGGAUUGGAUUACAGAAACUCAAGAAUCAGACAUACAGAUGGAUAGAUAGCAGUUAUCCGACUUACCUCCCCUGGCGAAAAGAACCUCAAGGAGAUAAUGAUUUUUGUAUUAAAUCAUCUUUCGAUCAAGGUACAUGGUCUGGUGAUAAUUGCAAAAAUAUCAAUUGGUUUAUUUGUGAAAAACAUUUACUAUGAAUUGUACCAACGUUAAAACCUCUAUAAUAGUAGAAAUACAGUGUAGAUACAUAAUACCAGAAAAGAUUUUGUAUGUUUUUUAAAAAAUGUCUUGCU